AGGGAGGUCAACGCCCUCCGCCUCGGGGCGCCAGACUCUCCACGUCAGGGGCGGGGCCUGUGUCCGAGCUCUACUCCCUACGCCCCGCCUCCACGGGCGCCUCCUCGCGGUCCUUCUGGCGCGUCACGUGACGAGUCGGCGGCGCUGGCGGUUGCUGUCAGCUGAUUCCCCCGGUUGGUGGUGCGGCAGCCACGGCGAUGGACUUUCUCCUGGGGAACCCGUUCAGCUCUCCGGUGGGACAGCGCAUCGGGUACACUUGCUAACCAGGAGUGAUUUGCGUGAUCGGGCAUUGGCCCCAAAAACACAGGGGACCAGACUGUCUCUCUGCACUGCGGUGGAGCUUAUUUAAGAACUGGGCUGCGUGAGGCUGGCUUCUAGAAGAGUACAGAGGGGAGUGACCCUGGCGCUGAGGAGAAGGCUACAGAUGGCUCCCUGCAGAGCGAGGACUGGGCCCUCAACAUGGAGAUCUGUGACAUCAUCAACGAGACAGAGGAAGGGCCCAAAGAUGCCUUCCGAGCAGUGAAGAAGAGAAUCAUAGGGAAUAAGAACUUCCACGAGGUGAUGCUGGCUCUCACGGUCUUGGAAACCUGCGUCAAAAACUGCGGGCACCGCUUCCACGUGCUGGUGGCCAGCCAGGACUUCGUGGAGGGCGUGCUGGUGCGGACAAUCCUGCCCAAGAACAACCCGCCCACCGUCGUGCACGACAAGGUGCUCAACCUCAUCCAGUCCUGGGCUGACGCGUUCCGCAGCUCACCCGACUUGACAGGCGUGGUCGCCGUCUAUGAGGACCUGCGGAGGAAGGGCCUGGAAUUCCCGAUGACCGACCUGGACAUGCUGUCGCCCAUCCACACGCCCCAGAGGACGGUGUUCAGCUCAGAGGCGCCAUCCGGGCAGAAUUCUGUGGGCACGGACACCAGCCACGGAGGAGACUCCACCCAGCACCCCACUCCCCUGCCCAUCCCAGCCACACUGCCUGGUGACACACCCAUCACACCAACCCCUGAGCAGAUCGGGAAGCUGCGCAGCGAGCUCGAGAUGGUGAGCGGGAACGUGAGGGUGAUGUCGGAGAUGCUGACGGAGCUGGUGCCCACCCAGGCGGAGCCUGCCGACGUGGAGCUGCUUCAGGAGCUCAACAGGACGUGCCGUGCCAUGCAGCAGCGGGUCCUGGAGCUCAUCCCCCGAAUCGCCAAUGAGCAGCUCACGGAAGAGCUGCUCAUCGUCAACGACAACCUCAACAACGUGUUCCUACGCCACGAACGGUUUGAACGGUUCCGAACAGGCCAGACCAGCAAGGCCCCACAGGAGGCCGAGGCGGCGGCUGACUUGAUCGACAUGGGCCCUGAUCAGGCGGCCACCAGCAGCCUCUCGUCCCAGCUGGCGGGAAUGAACCUGGGCUCCAGCAGCGUGAGAGCUGGCCUGCAGUCUUUGGAGGCCUCGGGCCAACUGGAAGGCGAGUUUGACAUGUUUGCGCUGACCCGGGGCAGCUCUCUGGCUGACCAACGAAAAGAGGUGAAAUACGAAGCCCCCCAAGCAACAGACGGCCUGGCUGGAGCCCUGGACGCCCGACACCAGAACACUGGAGGGAUCCCCGUCACCCAGGCCUGCCUCAUGGAGGACAUCGAGCAGUGGCUGUCCACUGACGUGGGGAAUGAUGCAGAGGAGCCCAAGGGUGUCACCAGCGAAGAAUUUGACAAGUUCCUGGAAGAACGGGCCAAAGCAGCCGAUCGGCUGCCCAACCUUUCCAGCCCCUCGGCCGAGGGGCCACCGGGUCCCCCUCGUGCUGCUGCCCCUCGAAAGAAGACCCAGGAGAAAGAUGAGGACAUGCUGUUUGCCUUAUGAGCGUGGGGCCUGGCGCCUGCGCCCUGAGCCCCGCUGCUCCCCCAGCCCCCGACGGGGGCCUCCUCCCCUCCUUCCAUGUUAAGGCUGCUUUGAGGAUGGCUUGUUACCCCCUUCUCUUCGCCUCAAGGAUGGGCUGGGCCGGCUGUGGCUGGGCCACGCUGCCUGGGCUGUGGGGGGACCGCUGGAUGAAUUGGGGUGACGAGUCAGCUCUACGUUGGGAUCCUGGCCACUCCCGCCUCCUUCCCCACCCCAAGCAACCACUACUGUGCUGAGAACCGGGCAGCCUGGCGACAGACAGGUUGGCCGCUUGGUUGCCCAGAAGUGACUCCUUGUCCUGGGUGACCCCCUCCCUGGGCCCUACCCACACUGCCAGUCGAGGCCUGGCUGGAGGCUGGAGGCAGCAGAAGCUUCCAUCCCAGCCUCCGGUCCGUUCCCCGGCACCUGCCCGGUGGGGCCCAGGGUGGGGUGUGUGGCCCACUGCCCAGCCGCACACUGCCCAGGUACGAAGCUGCACGCAGUGGGGGGCGAGACCUCAUCAGCCCCAGGCGCAAGGAGGGGCUUCCGGGGCUGCCUGGAGCCCCUGUGGCCCCCACGACCUCCACUGCCUUUCCCUCCAUCCUCCUGUUCCUCCUGGUCAGGGCACCACCGGGCACUGGGCCCGCCCACCUGUUGAUUGAUCGUCUUGUACUGGGAGAGGUGCCUUCUGUAGCCCCGAUUAAAGGUAGAAAAGCAC